UUGCAGCUCAAUGUUACCACCGCGGAAGCAGACACACGCCAGCAAUCCCACCUGGGCCCUGCCUGAAAAGCGAGUCCGGUUUCGAAACGGAGGCUGGAAGGAAAGGAUGGAACGGUAACGGGAUGUGGAACGUAAAAACGGAUCUUGCACUAGGAUAAAAAAAAAAUAAAAGAACGCAAGAAAAAAAAAACAAUCAACUCACCUGGUGUGCGAGUGCACAUGAGUGUGCGAAUGGUGCUCCUGAGGCUCCAGAGGAUAGUGCGGCGCGUGGUGGUGGUCGUUGUGCUUGGGCUCGGGAACGAUCACCGGACCAACGUGGGAGCCAUGGGAGCCAUGAGAGCCGUGGGAGCCGCCGUGGCCAUGGUUGUGGGUAUGGAUAUGCUCCGUCUUGUGCACCUCGACGAUAUCGUGGUGGGAAGAGUGGUGGGAGUGAGGACGGUGAACCUUGUCAAUGAGGUGGUGCUUGUGGUCCUUGUGGUGGUGUUCCUCGUCCCUGGCCGAGUGAGCGCGGUGGAUGUGGGGGAGCUUGUCAGUGAGGUGGUCAAUGAGGUGGUGCUUGUGCUCCUUGUGGUCCUCCUCCUCGUCGUGGUGGUGGUGGUGGUGAUGGUGGUGGUGAGCGAUGCGAGUGGGCGCUGGCAGGGCGGUGGUGGUGGUGAUGCUCCUUGUGGUGAUCUUCCUUGUGAACCUCCUCCUCACGGGUGAUGUGGAUCUCCUCCUCGACAAUGCGCUGCUCUACACGGGGAGGCUGAAGCUCAUGGACAGCCGGAGGGACGGGGGCAUGAUGGUGGUCCUCAUGGCCGUGGUCAUGGUGAGCACCAUGAGCCGGCUUGGUGACCUUGACCUCAACCUUCUCGUGAACGUGCGUAUGAGUUUGAAUGCCCUUUUCAGGUUCCCGGUACGUAGCCGGGAAGAUGCUGAAAGGGA